AUGAAUGCAACGCAAAUUCGCCAACCCCUUGCUCUAAAUGAAGUCGGUGUCGAGGUUUUGCAGAGAGACGAGGUUGGAAUACAUUUCAUUGUCCGGGUGCCAGCCAAUUUUGUGCGGGUGGACAAAGGCGAUUGUGCAAGGGAGGCUGUCUAUAAUUCUGCACAAUGUAGGCGAGUCAUUUGGAGAACAUCGGACAACUGUAGCCAGCAUCCUGUUCCGAGGCGCAAGCCACUGUCUGCCGGUCCGCUAUGCUCUUUGCACUUUCACUUAUCCGCAAAACAAGAAAAUCAAGAACCAGCCACCCGAGCAAACAUCCUAAAACUCAACAACUUGCACCUGCGCAUCGAAGUGGCGUCGCCAUUACCAGUCCUACUCCCUACUCGGCGCGCCGUACCCCAUGUCCGCUUUGUGAAUCCAGCUAUGCUGGUGGUGACGGUCGCCCAGGAAGUCGUUCGACGCUUGGCAAGAAUUUUCCAGCAGAGGCGCGCUCCAUCAGAGAGGUGUACCCUGGAUCUUCCGGUGGAGAUCAUCCUGAUGAUCGCAAAACAUCUCGACGAAUGCGCCCUGCUAUCUCUUUCGUUGGCCUGCCGGGGUCGCCACGGUCUCUGGGAACGAAGCAGUCUGUCUCUGCCCUUGGCAGAAAAAGAACGGCUGUUGCUAUUGCUUGAGAAAGAUAUUCCAUCUCUCUAUUACUGUCAUCUUUGUAUAAAGCUGCACCACUGGCAUGGACGCUGGAGCAGAUCUAUCGCUCCGUGGUACAAUGAGCGUCUACUAUGCAAGCAAAGCAUUGAGAACCACCUCUGGCUCGCGAAUAGCUGCCACAUCCCUUAUUACCAUGCGCGCUUGGUCAUGAAUCACCAUUUUUACGGAUCCGAGCACGGCUUGCCUCUUCACGUGCUUGAUGAACGAGCCCAAAGCAUUCAUUAUAUAAGAGCAGUAGCCGUAACAUCCCAGCAUGCUCGAAUCUUCAGGGACAAACUUCUAGUACUGUCAGUCAUGUCUAUAAGGGGUCGACAAGGCGACGCAGAAAUGCUCAGAAGACACAUCGAUAAUUAUGGAAACUCAGUGUGCAAACAUCUAGCAAUUGGGAACAUUCCCAUGCAGCUUUCUGAGGUUGCUAAGAGCGGAACCGCACCAGGCCAAUUCCUGGUCUGCGGUCCUACAUUCGGAUCCUGUACCUAUUGUCUGACAGACUAUAGCAUCGAAAUAUCCUGGCAAGGCGAAAGGAAGGGAUACAACAUCGAGUUGCACGUCUAUCGCGGGCUGGGUGACUGUCGCACGCCAUUCAACUGGCAUUGGCCUAGUAUUUUAGAUCAUGGUGAAGAACUCAGAUCAGUGCAUUCGCCAGAUGACAGACCUGGAAUCGUUAGAGAGCAAUGGGAUCAGGCUGGAAGCGUCCCCCAGAGAUGA